AGUCUCUCUUGGUCUUCUCCUCUGUCCGCUCCUUUAGCUUUACUUUAGCGCUUUUAGUUCCCGCUUUUAUUUCCCACUUUUAUUUAUUAUAUUUAUUGUUUCGUGGCGUUUUAACUGAACCGCAGAGAUGCUGUCCGCGCGCUCUCCUCUGUCUGUGAAGAAUGAAAACGCUGUGAGCAGCAAAAUGAGCUCCUUGAACCUGGACAAAGAGAACACGCCUCCCAGCCUGAACAGCACCCGAAUCUUGGCUUCGAAAACUGCUCGGAAAAUCUUCUCUGACUCCACGCCAAAGUCGGGGCACAAGUCUAUGUCUCAGGAGGAGCCUCUGCUGAAGGAGAACCCACGGCGCUUUGUCAUCUUCCCCAUUCAAUACCACGACAUUUGGACCAUGUACAAGAAGGCCGAGGCCUCCUUCUGGACGGCAGAGGAGGUGGACCUGUCCAAAGACCUGCAGCACUGGGAGUCUCUGAAGGACGACGAGAGGUUCUUCAUUUCUCAUGUUUUGGCCUUUUUCGCCGCCAGCGACGGCAUCGUCAACGAGAACCUGGUGGAGCGCUUCAUGCAAGAGGUGCAGGUAACGGAGGCGCGCUGCUUCUAUGGAUUCCAGAUCGCAAUGGAGAACAUCCACUCUGAGAUGUACAGCCUGCUCAUCGACACCUAUAUCAAGGACUCUCAAGAGAGAGAGUACCUGUUCAACGCCAUCGAGACUCUGCCCUGCGUCAAGAAGAAGGCCGACUGGGCUAUUAACUGGAUCGGCAACACGAACGCCACCUACGGGGAGCGUGUGGUGGCCUUUGCUGCUGUGGAGGGGAUCUUCUUCUCUGGAUCGUUCGCCGCCAUUUUCUGGCUGAAGAAACGAGGCCUGAUGCCCGGACUGACUUUCUCCAACGAACUUAUCAGCCGCGACGAGGGUCUUCACUGUGACUUUGCCUGCCUCAUGUUCAAACAUCUGGAGAACAAGCCCAGCUCCUCCACCGUGGAAUGCAUCAUCAGGGACGCUGUCUCCAUCGAACAGGAGUUCCUGACGGAAGCGCUGCCCGUGAAGCUGAUCGGGAUGAACUGUGAGCUCAUGAAGCAGUACAUCGAGUUUGUGGCCGACCGACUUCUGCUCGAGCUCGGCUUCAGCAAGUUGUACCGAUCAGAGAACCCGUUUGACUUUAUGGAGAACAUCUCUCUGGAGGGAAAAACCAACUUCUUUGAGAAGAGAGUGGGAGAGUAUCAGAGGAUGGGCGUCAUGUCCGGGACCAGCGACAACACCUUCAGACUGGAUGCAGACUUCUGAGCAGCCAGGGUCAGUCUGUCUGACUCGCAGACAGCCAGGCGGCGUACUUUGUCUAACCUCACUGCAGCCAAUCAAAAACCUCAAACUUUCUGAGACAAUUCAUAUCGACUUUCUGAAGAACUGGACUUUUCCCGUUCACUGAAAAUCUUUGUGGGGAAAAAAACCCAUUAACACUUACACCUGUGGUGGCUGCAUCCCUGUGAGGUCGGUGGUUCUGAUGUAUCCUUCUGCCAGCGUGUCCUUGGGCAAGACUCAUCCCCUUCUGCGCCUGAUGUUUGUGUUGUAUGACCGUGAGCUGGUGUCUGGACCUCCUGUAGAGACUCAUUUUGUGUAUACAUUUUAUGAUUUUAGUGUUUUUAUUGUACAGAAUUUUGGUUUGUAAUAAAAUGUAAAUGCACUUCCU